AACCAGAACCCAAAAAGAUAAAAGAUAGAACUCUCUUGGUAACUGCUCGUAUUUGUAUUUUUACAACUUCACUCUCUGCUGUUCGGCUCUCAUUUCUAAUCUUGUCUUCUUCCUCUCAUUUCUUCUUACGAUAAAAUUCUGAAUCAAACAAAGCUCAUCACCACACUCAUUCUUACCCAUUCGCAUUUCUCAGAAAAUAUUUUCCAUGAAAACAAACAGAUUCCUGGUGUUCUCUACUUUUGAGUAGACAAGAUAAGCAGGUCUAGUGGGUCAGGGGAGCAUUGAAUUGGUGAAGCUAAAAUUACUCCAUUUAUUUUCACUUUUCUGCCUAGAAGGUUUAUCAUUCACAUUAUGCAGACUCCCAAAACAAGAAGUGGCUCUUCAGAAGUCCCACUGAAGGUCUCUCCUCGAGCUGCACGGCAACUGAAUACAACUGCAUUAGAGUCCAAGUCUGCGUCUUCAUCAAGUCAAACUUGUAGGACACCAAAAGAGAGAAGCCCUAAGGUUGUUGAACGCAGGACACCCAGAAGCCCAGUGGCUGAGAAGAAGCGACCAAGCAGAAUAUCUGAAUUGGAAUCUCAGAUAUCUCAACUUCAGGAGGAUUUGAAGAAGGCAAAGGAUCAGUUGAGUUCAUCUGAGUCAUGCAAGAAUCAAGCGCAGCAAGAUGCGGAGGAUUCCAAGAAGCAACUGUUGGCCAUGUCUUCAAAGCUAGAGGAAUCCCAGAAGCAGCUUCUGGAGCUAUCUGCUUCUGAGGAAGCUAGCCAUAGUGAACUUCAGAAGACAUCCCAAGAGCAGGAUCAAUCAUGGCAGUCUGAGCUUGAGGGUGUGCAGAAGCAGCACUUGACCGACUCGGCUGCCUUGGCAUCUGCCUUGAAUGAGAUUCAGCAGCUUAAGGCUCAGCUUGAAAUGGUAGCUGAAUCUGAGGCUGCACAGAGCAAGCACACAGAAUCUGCACCUGUGGAACUCCAGAGCUUGAAAGGAAAUCUGAUAGAAACUCUUUCACUCGUGGAGAACAUGAAAAACCAGCUAAGGGAAAGCAAAGAGUCAGAAACUCAGGCCCAUGCAAUGGCCAGUGAAACUCUGGUGCAACUUGAAACUGCUAAAAAAUUGGUAGAGGCUCUCAAGUCAGAUGGUAUGAAAGCCAAUGAAGCGUACAACUCCAUUGCUUCAGAAUUAGACCAGUCAAGAGCCCGUGUAAACUUGUUAGAAGGGCUUGUUAGCAAACUUGAAGCAGACCUGAAUAAUGCUAGCAGAAACCUUUCUCAAAAUUUUGCUGCUGAUCAUGAUCCAAAGCAAGAAAUAGAAGAAAACCAAAAGACAAAGGAAUCAAAACAGCUUGAAGAGGAGCUUCAUACUUUAAAGUCAGAGGUUGAACGGUUAAGAACUGCUCUAGAAAUUAGUGAGACCAAAUUCCAUGAAGAACAAAUCCAGAGCACAGUGCAGAUAAAAAGUGCUUAUGAGCUGGUGGAUCAGAUAAAAUCUAGGACAGGCCUAAGAGAGGCUGAACUGGAAGCCGAGCUGGAGAAAACAAAAUCUGACAUUGAAGAAUUGAAAGCAAACCUGAUGGAUAAGGAAACUGAAUUGCAAGGAAUUUCUGAGGAGAAUGAGGGCCUGCAUAUGAAACUCGACAAAAACGUAUCGUGCCAGAGAACAUCUGAACUGGAGAAUGAUCUCAGGAAACAUAAGCAAGCUGUGGCAGAUUUGAAGGCAAAUCUAAUGGAUAAGGAGACAGAACUGCAGAAUAUUUCUGAGGAGAAUGAGAAGCUAAAGUUGGAAGUUAGCAAAAGGGAAACGGACACACAUAAAGUGAAUAUUGAUGUGGAUGCCGAAGUAGCGGUAGCUAGGGCUGCAGAGCGAGAGGCUCUGAUUAAGCUUGGGCUCACGAUGGAGGAGGCAGAUAAGAGUAACAGGAGGACUGCAAGAGUAACCGAGCAGCUUGAGGCAGCACAGGCGGCAAAUGCUGAAGCAGAGGCAGAGUUGAGAAGGCUAAAAGUGCAGUCUGAUCAAUGGAGGAAGGCUGCAGAGGCAGCAGCUGCUAUGCUUUCCGGAGCAAACAACGGGAAAUUUAUGGACAGAAGUGGCUCAUUGGACAGCAAUUAUAACCAUGUCACCGGAAAAAUAAGCCCACCGUUUUCUGAAGAUAUUGAUGAUGAUUUGCUGAAGAAGAAGAACGGAAAUGUGCUAAAGAAAAUCGGAGUGUUGUGGAAGAAACCUCAGAAAUAGAAACAAUACAACAGGUGAGAAUAUGUUUCCUAAAUUGUAUGAGCCACUCUUGCAGCCUUGCAUUUCCUUUCUCCAACCCUAUCUAAUUGAUUCAUUUUUGCUUCUUUUGACAGAUACUUCCGUCCAUCCAAACGGCUAAUUUAUUUUGUGAUGAAGUGAAAAUGAGCACUCUCCCAAUAUUUGUAUUAGUAAUGUGGUGACAGUACUUACUAAAAGCUUAUUCUGGUUAACUUUUUGCAGCCAUGGAUGUUUUAUAUUGUAGCAGUGCAUAAUGUAUUAAUAUGCAAAAA